AACAUUAAUGGUUUCUCUUCAUCAGUCUGUGUGCUCUGCUCGCUGCGUUUAACGCCUACAGCGAUUCGACAAUAACGCUUGUAUUUUCUGAGGAAGCGGGGAGCCACUGACCGCCAACAUGUCGAGCAAAAGGGCCAAAGGCAAGAACACCAAGAAGCGUCCUCAGCGGGCCACGUCCAAUGUGUUCGCGAUGUUCGACCAGUCUCAAAUUCAGGAGUUCAAGGAGGCCUUCAACAUGAUCGACCAAAACAGAGAUGGUUUUAUUGACAAAGAAGACCUGCAUGACAUGCUGGCCUCAUUAGGUAAGAAUCCCACUGAUGAUUACUUGGAGACGAUGAUGAGCGAAGCGCCGGGCCCAGUCAACUUUACGAUGUUUCUGACCAUGUUCGGAGAGAAGCUGAACGGCACGGAUCCUGAGGAUGUGAUCCGGAACGCUUUUGCCUGCUUUGACGAGGACGGCACAGGUAUAAUCCAGGAGGAGUACCUGCGGGAGCUGAUCACUACGAUGGGCGACAGGUUUACAGAUGACGAAGUGGACGAGCUCUUCCGAGAGGCGCCCAUCGACAAGAAAGGCAACUUCAACUAUGUCGCAUUCACACGCAUUCUGAAGCACGGCGCAAAGGACAAAGACGACUAGAAUAAUCACGGUUUAUUCUGUACCUACCAUGUGUAUCAUCAGUUUGAACAGCUGUGUCCUGUUAUUUGGCUCAUGGCAAGAUUCACCGGGGUAUAGCUCACUGAAGGUCACUUAUUUAAACUGCUUGUGGGACCAAACUGUACCUCUGGACCACCCUUCCUCCUGGACCCCCCCCAACUCAUCACAUCUCAAAGCUCAUUUGCACAUCUGUGAAAACAAUACAGGGUCUGCAUUAUAUAUAUAUAUAUAUAUAUAAGCUAGUUAAGAUGUAUGAAAAGACCCACAUGGAGCUGGAAAUAAAAAGGAAACGAUGA